UAGUAAAAGAAAAAUAGACCGUCAAAAUGUUCGGCCCGGCGAAUGGAUCAAAACGGCUCCUGAUGCUCCGUAUAAUCCUACUGGUAAUUCUACGAAAGUUAUGUAUCGUAGCAAUAUCCCGCGUCCGUCAUCGCGUUAA